UCAUUUCCACCAUAAAAUCAAAAAAGAGAAAAAAAAACUUCUAUCAUUAUCUUCCCUUCCAUAUUCCUUACAACUCUCUCAACAUUAUUCACACAUCAUGUCUUUUUCCGUCGACGUAAGUCAUACUCCGGCCAACACAAACCUUCCUUUAAUCUCCGAAGAUCCACUUGUCAACCUCUCAGCCGUCCAAUCCCGAAUGGAUUCACUCCAUAAAUUCCUCUCAGAUUCAGUCAACUCCAAUACUUUACUUGGUCAACACCAAAUCAACAUGGUUUCCGAUGAAAUCACGUCAGCAAUUCAUCAAAUCAUCGUUAACGGUGCCGCUAUCUUAUCCUCAACCCAAUCACCAAAUCCGAUAUCGAAUCACAAAAGAACGUUUUCGGAAUUCGAUGAUCGGGGAGAUAGUUCUGAGGAUAAAGUGUCCGAGUUGAAAGUGGAAGAUGUUACGCGACAACAAUAUAUGAAAGCAAUAACAGCAGCAGAAGAAAACAACACACAGUUUUACGUGAAAAAUCCUCAAACAGAAGAAAACCCACGGCCAGACACCAACUCAGUCAGGUCCACAAAUGAUAAGAGACAACAAUAUAUGAAACCAACAACAACAGAAAGAAACAACACGCAAUUUUACGUGGAAAACCCUCAAGAAAAAGAAAACCCACGCCCAGUCAGCAACUCCACAAACUUAACAGAGGUUUUAGACGACGACGAAGAAGGGGAAAUUAUUGAACUGGAUGCAGUUGAGUUACUAGCUGAGCACAUCCACUUUUGUGAUUACUGUGGAAAAGGAUUUAAAAGAGAUGCGAAUUUACGUAUGCAUAUGAGAGCUCAUGGAAAUCAAUACAAAACACCAGAAGCAUUAGCGAAACCUGAAAAAAAACACAUCGAAUCGAGUUCGGGUAAUAAGACCAAGAGGUUUUCGUGUCCGUUCGUAGGUUGUUGUAGGAACAAAAUGCAUAAAAAGUUUAGACCGUUGAAAUCUGCGAUUUGUGUGAAGAAUCAUUUCAAGAGAAGUCAUUGUCCUAGGAUGUAUUCAUGUACACGUUGUAAUAAGAAGAGUUUUUCGGUACUUGCUGAUUUGAAAAGCCAUUUGAAGCAUUGUGGUGAGACAAAAUGGAAGUGUUCUUGUGGGACUAGUUUUUCAAGAAAGGAUAAGUUGUUUGGUCAUAUGGCGUUGUUUGAAGGACAUAUGCCUGCUGUUGAAGGGGAAGAGGAGAAUGUGGUAAUGGAUAUCAAAACCGGGUUGGAUAACGGGUUGUUGGAUAUAAGAACCGGGUCGGAUGAUGGGUUUUUGGAUAGGUUAAUGCUUGAUGAUGGGUUUGAAUCAAUUGACAGUUAUUGCUUUCAAGAUUUACUUGGAUCUUCUUCUCCAAAUGGUUUAAAUACUGUUAAUCAAGAUACUACUGGAUGGUUUGAUAGUUGAUAGUGCUGCUAUAUGUAUUUGUUGUUUCAGAGUACAUAUUUUGUAUUCUUUGUUUUAUAUCUUUCUAUCUAAUAAAAGAGAAUUGGUAUUUUAAAGA